AUGGGGCCUUCAGCUAUCAUCGAUCCUGGUCAGCGCUCGCUCCAUCCGGCCACUCCGCCUGACCUGGCCAGCCCCGGUGCCCCGACAUUCGCCUCCGCCUCUACUCCGCCGUCGGAGGCUCCCUGGAACACAUCGCGACCGCUGGCCUCCCCUCCAAUGUCCGACUAUGAAAAGGCCCCGACCACGGCCGUGCCCGGAGACAGGGGCGCCGAUGCCGCCUCCUCUGGCCUCCCGGCCGUCUCUUCUUCUUCCCACCCUCACCCGUCCUCGUCCUCGCACCAGCAGCUGCCCUCGCUGAGCAGCCUCUUCGGACCCCCGCCCUCGCGCCCUCCCAUGCAGUCUCCCAUGUCCGAGCACGGCGGCUCGCUUGCCGCCAUCUCGCCCCUGGAUCGUCCGCGCGUCUCGACCGCCCGCUCCUACGCCGAGUCUUACUUCCCGCCCACCCUGUCUUCCCCGGCUCCGGCUUCCCAGCCCAGGAGCUCCUACGAUUUCAAGUUCGACCCCGAGCGCCCUCCUCUCCUCGGCCGCCAGCGAUCCGGCCUCGCCUCCCCCGGCUUUCGCCCGCCGAACCAUGGCCGUCACGACCAGCACCAGCACCAGCACCAGCACCAGCACCGCCCCGAGCCCGAAGCUAACCAGACCUGGUCGCCACACCAGGAGACCGCGGGGAACGAAUACAUGCUGGAGGCUCGCAGCCCGGCCUACCCCCAGCCUCGCGAUCACUUCAGGCUCCGCUUCCCUGCUCAUCAGGACGCCUCUCACGGCUCCGCCGACCGCGGAAACUCGGCUGCGCCAGCUCCCCAGAACACCCCCCCGGUUCCCGCCACCACCCUUCCCGGCUCCGACGGCGUCAUCCGAAAAGAUGGGCUCGGCCCCAAGAUCUGGACCGGUACCCAUUUCCUGCCCCGCUUCGUCCGCUCCGCCGACGUACCCGGCGAAGGCCUCUGCUACUUUUACGACGACGGCAGCCACUGCAAGACGGUCAUCGACGGCGAGAUCGUGAACGCCCACUGGGGCGUGACCAAGGCUGGAAAGCCGCGGAAGAGGCUGGCCAUCGCCUGCGUAACCUGCCGCGAGAAGAAGAUCAAGUGCGACCCCGACUUCCCCCGCUGCGUUCAGUGCGAGAAGUUUGGUCGCGUCUGCAAGUUCAAGAAUGCUCCGAGAGGCGGGCACAAUGGAUCACCAUCCACACCAUUGACCGAUUUCGACGACGGCCGAAGACCCGUGACUUCAGCGAGGACCCACGAUCUCCAGAGGCCCGAGAGCCACGGCUCCCCUAGAUCACCCGGCCGGCCGCCUGCGCGCCAACCGUCGCCGCUGGAAGGAGCUUCGAACAAGCGGAUCAAGCUCGAGCGUGGCGCCGGGCCGUCACCCGCUCGGACCCAACGCUCGCCCACCCUGUCGCGCCCGGCGGACCGUGACGAGCCCCGCAUCCUUUCGGCGGCCAACCUGCCCCCACCCCCUCCCGCCACGGGCCUCAUCCCCGAAGACGACCUGAGCCGGGCCUGGAAGACGGACCCCUACGUCGCGAAUCCGCAGUCGACCGACGCCGUCGUGGCCCAGUUCUUCGCUCACAUCAACAGCACCAUGGUCCUCCAGCUCCUCCCCGAACAGGCCACCAGGGCUUGGGUGUCGGACGUGGCCCGCUGGAGGUCACCGGAGGACCUGAUGCUGCUGUACAGCAUCCUCGCCGUCGGCAUGGCCUUGGGGGGGGGCCCCAAGCACAUCGCCUUCGAGUACGCCCAGGUGGCGCAUUACGCCCAGAAGAUGACGCUGGCCAGCUGCCUCCAGCUGGCGCAGACCAGAGUUCUCCUGGCCGUCUACUACAUGUCGGCGUCGCGACUGGUCGAAGCCACCGAGGUCAUGUCGGCCGCCACGGCGUCGAUCAACCACCUCCAGCUGAACCUCGAGCUGGACAAGACCAGGGACGCAGCCAUGACGUCGUACCCGCUGGGCCUCAGCAGGGCCGGAUACUGCGAGGCGCGCCGUCGCACCCUGUGGUCGUUCUUCAUGCUGGAGCGCCUGGAUGGAAGGUUCCCGGAGCGUAUCGUGUCGGUCAACCCCGAGGAUGUAUAUAUCCGCCUCCCCGCCGACCGCUACCUCUUUGAGCGGCAGAUGGAGAACCAGUCUCCGUUCUUCAACCCGCUGCAGCUCAGCAUGUCGAGGACGCGAGACCAGCCCCAGGAGGUGGACGCGUACCUGGUCGAGAUGGUGCACCUCUGGGCCGAGUGCCAGUCGUCCCUCUACCGGCUGGUCAACCGUCCGAUCUCUGCCGAGACGGAGGCUUCCAAGAUCCACGCCCUGGUCACCGCCCUGGAGGCGUGGCAGACCGUCCUCCCCAGUCGACUGCUGUUCAGCCGGUCGAACCUCGACGCCGCAGCCCACUCUGGCCAGGCCGGCUCGUUCCUGGCCAUGCACCUGCUCUGCAACCAUGCGAUGAUCAAGCUCAACCGCCACAGCCGAGCUCCCCAUCAGCUCUCCGCGGAGACGGGAGCGAGCCAUAUGCGACGCUGCUACGACUCCGCCAUGGCGACGGUCGACAUGGCAGAGAUUGUCGAGAGCGUGCUCCGAUCGCGACGUGUCAUGAUCACCAUGCCUUUCCCGAUGACGUCGACAGGCGUGGCUGAGGCCGUGGACGUGCUCAGUGCGACUCAGCCCCUGUCGUCGGUGGACAAGGUCAUCAGCUACGUGAGUCUCAUGAAGCCACUCGUGGACGCCGUGUGCAGCGUGUGGGACGGCGCUCGGGAUGUGCAGCUCGCCAUUGACCGGCGCCUGCGAGAGCUCAGCAUCGUGAGGGACCGGCCUUCGCGUGCUCCUAGCGCCAAGGACGGCUUCCGCAUCCAUUGCGUCGAAACGAUGCUGAGAGAUGUCGAAUUUAGGUAG